AUGGUAUUUUCAAGUACAACAGUAACGAAAGGACGUGGUAAAGGUAUUGCUGUUAAUACUGCCAUGGGAACCGAAAUUGGUAAAAUUGCGAAAACCUUGGCAUCUACUUCUGUGGCAUCACGAACUCCCUUGCAGAAAAGAAUGGAUAUGCUUGCUUAUGCGUUAUUCGGAGUUUCGAUCAUUUUAGCGGUAAUUGUAUUUAGUGUAAAUAAAUGGAAAGUAAACGAUGAUGUUGCUAUUUACGCUAUUUCAGUUGGUAUUGCUGUCAUUCCCGAAGGUCUUGUUGCAAUUACACUAACCAUGGCUCUUGGUGUUCGACAAAUGGCUAAAAAUAAUGCUAUAGUUCGUAAAUUAAAUGCCUUGGAAGCUUUAGGAUCAGUUACAAAUAUUUGUUCGGAUAAGACCGGAACACUUACGCAAAGUAAAAUGAUUGCAACUAAUGUUUGGCUUCCGGGUGAUGGCUUUUAUGGAAUUUCAGGUAGAAAAGGGUUUAAUCCUGAAGGAAAUAUUUAUCGAUAUGGAGAAAGUGUGGACGGAUCUUCUGAAAAUGCCGAAGGAACUUCGGAAAUUGUUGAAAGUUCAGAAGAAAAGCAAUUUAAAGGCGAAGAAGUCACUCCUGACAAUAUGAGAUAUGCUCUUACACGUUUAGUUCAAGCAUCAGCACUUUGUAAUAUGUCCGUCAUUAGAAAGGGUAAAGGUCAUGACGAAUGGCAUGGAAUUGGGGACCCAACUGAGUCUGCUCUUCAAGUUUUCGCUCAUAAAGCGGGAUUACCAAAACCAGUUCUUACAGCAGAUCCAUUUAAAUUCACGAUAGUUAGCGAAUAUCAAUUCGACACUGUACUUAAGCGUAUGUCUAUCGUAUGUAGAGAACAGGAUACGGAUACUCAUUAUGUAUACCUUAAGGGUGCAACAGAAUCCGUUUUAAGCCAAUGUACGAGAAUUCAACUUGGUGAUGAUAUCGCAAAUCUCGAUCUUGAAAAUUUUAAAUCAGAAUUGUACGAUCAAUUGGAAAAACUUGCAAAUAGGGGAUUGCGUGUAUUAUCACUAGCGUAUCGUCAAGUUACAAAGACGGACGUUGAAAUUUCAAAGUGGACCCGUGACCAAGCUGAAUCUGAAAUGAUAUACUUAGGUUUGGUAGGUAUUUAUGAUCCACCACGCCCAGAAUCCAAGAUUGCUGUUCAAAGAUGUUUCGGUGCCGGAAUUGAAGUUCAUAUGUUAACUGGUGAUCAUCCAUCCACUGCUGCUGCUAUUGCGAAAGAGAUUGGUAUCCUUCCUCCUUCAUGGUCUUUUGACUUAGCAGCUGAAGAUAAACACAAUCCACUACUUGUAAUGAAUGCCACACAAUUUGAUGCAUUUUCAGAUGAUGAAAUUGAUAAACUCAGUGAACUCCCAAAAGUUAUUGCUAGAUGUAGUCCUGAUACGAAAGUGAAAAUGAUUGAUGCAUUGCAUCGACGAAAUAAAUAUGUCGCCAUGACUGGUGAUGGUGUAAACGAUUCACCUAGUUUAAAGAAAGCUGAUAUCGGGAUUGCUAUGGGAUUAGGUGGUAGUGACGUAGCCAAACAAGCUAGUGAUAUCGUACUUACUGAUGAUAAUUUUGCCACGAUAGUCGAUGCUAUUUCUGAAGGACGUAGAAUUUUCAGUAAUAUUCAAAAAUUCAUUUUACAUCUAUUAAGUGGAAAUGUUUCUGAAAUUGUUGCUCUAAUUAUUGGACUAUCUUUUAUUGAUAACACUGGCAUAUCAAUUAAUCCUAUGUCACCGUUGCAAAUUCUUUUUUUAAAUAUGGUUACAAGUUCACCACCUGCCAUGGGAUUAGGGAUUGAACGUGCAUCUAAAGACAUUAUGAAUUAUCCACCUCGUAUCAAAGGUGGACUCUUCUCAUGGGAAAUAAUAGUAGAUACGAUUUAUUACGGAGUAAUAGCCGGUGGUUUGACUUUAGUAAAUUUUAGCAUUGUAUUAUAUGGCGAAGGUGAUGGUAAUCUUGGAGAGCGAUGCAAUUCAUCACCGGAGCCUAGCUGUGAAUCAGGUGAUGCUAGUUGUAAUGCUGAGACUUUAAAAAAAGCGUGUCAUUUAGUUUAUCGCGCUAGGGCUGCUUCAUUUGCCACAUUAACUUGCAUUUUAUUAAUUCAUGCAUAUAAUUGUCGGUCGUUGAGAAAUCCUAUUUGGACAAUGAAAUUAUAUGAUAAUAAAUUAUUAUUUUGGUCUGUAUUUGGUGGUUUCUUAACAGCCAUCCCAACCUUUUAUAUACCUGGAAUGAAUACAAUAGUAUUCAGACAAUUAGGCAUUGGAUAUGAAUGGGGAUUAAUAUUUGGAGCUGUGAUAUUUUUUGAAAUAUUUGUUGAAGUUUAUAAGCAUAUUAAAAGAAGAAAAUUGAAGCCAUUAACACUUGUUGGAGGAGAAGGAUUGCGAAAACAAUAUUCCGUUAAUGAAUUAGAAUAA